UUUUGUGAUGAUUAAUCCCACAGUGCUACAGAGACAGUCAGUGUUUGCAGAGUUUUAGAGCUGCCCUCUGGUACUCCUGUGAAACUGGUAUCUCUGUAACAGUUCACUAUGAAGCUCUGGAUACUUCUCUUAUUAUCACUACUCCUGCUGGAGAUCCAAAAUGGUGCGAGUCAACAUACCAAGAAUAAGAAAGAUGCCAGUCUCAGAACAGGGCGAAAGAGGGUCAAGGGGCGCAACCCCAAAGUAAAAGACAAAGAGGUAGAUGGAAAACUUCAGUCCAUUCUCACUCAGGUUCUGGACAAAGGACGCUUCCUUCGUCUUGGUGACAGUGUAAUCUUGAAUUCUGGAAAAACAUUGGAACUAAGGUGCAAAGGAUCCAAGAUUGACUGGAGAUACCCAUCUUAUCUGGACACUUUUAAUGAUUCCCGUCUCAGCAUUAACCAGAACGAGAAGUUUAGCCAGUUGACCCUGACAUCACCCUCUGCUGCUGAUACGGGAGAGUACAGCUGCUGGGUGAUACUCUGUGAUGGACAGGAGUGUGAUAAGGACCCGGAUCGCAUCUCCACCUCCUACAUAUUCUUUACAGACAAAGAUGAGUUAUUUGUUCCAUCAACCAUCCACUUUGAGAUUGUGUUCCUGCGGCCUGAUAAACCUGCAGUAGUGCCUUGCCGAGUCACGACGCCUAAGACAACAGUGUCCCUACACAGGGAAAUGCCUCCGGAGGAAAUACAGGUUGAUGGGAAACUCAUCUCCUACAAUCCUACCAAAGGUUUUAUCCUGCAAAACCCUGGACUUGAGCACAUGGGGGCCUUUUACUGCAAGGCUAAGAGCGCCACAAAAAACACACCACAGGUCUCCACUAAGUACCAGCUGCUUUAUGUUGAAGUACCUAGUGGUCCUCCAUAUGCGACUAUUCAGGCUUCCUCUUAUGAAGUGAGGGGAGGAGAUGUCUUUGAUGUCACCUGUACAGUUCUGGGUGAGCCUGAGAUGAAUGUUAAGUUCAGCUGGACCUAUCCUGGACAGGGCCAGAGGCCUGUGAGUAUUCAGGCAUCACAUAGGCUGGUAAACAGAGGUGCGGGUCAAAUCAUGCGCGUUUCCCAGAGUAUCAUGACUGUGGAUGAUGUGGAGACUAUCGAUUAUGGGAACUACAUAUGCACAGCCAAAAACAAUCAUGGAGAGACAUCUGUGGCCACACAAGUGAACUCGUAUCAUUAGACCAUUAGAUGGCACUAAACCUGGACUCUUUACACCACUGGCAUCUUGCUGCUUGUUUGUAUUGAUGCCUUCUUGAGAAGAAAAGACUGUUAUCAUGGCAGUGGAGUGAAGGAUGCAAGAUGUCUAAUGUGUGAAUACCUUUUACUGGUUUCCUGCUAUUGUCAUAUUACCUGCAAAUGCUUCAUAUGGAGAAAACAGCUCCAGUAAAUACUCGUCAAAGUGUUUACUUAAAUCUGUGUAUUGUUUUUUUUUUAAUGUUAAUCAUUAUCUGUACCUCAAUAUUAACAUGGCCUUGCAUUGCUGGGAGUGAAAAUAAAAGAA